AUGUUUGCACUUCAAUCAGCACAGAGUAUCUCCCCAGAGACGGACACGCAGUCUUCGAAUACAUCUACUCCGAAUAUCUUACCUUGUCGCAUACAUCAUGAUGGUCCUCUAGAAUCUCUUGAGCGCUACUGGAAGCCUCUGGUGGAUGAAAAUGGUAUCAUACUCCUCCACGAGUGCCUUGAAUUUAGGACUCUGCGCUCUGCGCUCUCAUGGAACAUUACUCGUUCUUUGCUGACACAUGUCAAUUACGAAGGAGAUGUUCAAACCGCGCACUUCAGAGGGCGAAAAUUACGCGCUCGUCGUGUUGCCAUUCCGGAGGGCUAUAAAGGUGUCGUCGCGAUGCCAACGGACCGGGUGCUACAUCCGAAGACGAACAGAAAGGCGGAACUGCAGAAUGGCGAACAGGACGAGGAGCGGGAAGAGCCCGUCAAGGUUCUUGAGACCCAGGCUACAUUCGACGAGUUCGUCGUCUGGGGCCAUGAAAUCAUGCCAGCAGCAGAUGACCCCUUUGUCAAGGGCGUAGAAGAGUGGAUAAAGUUUGCAGAGGCGGUAAUUCUCCCAGAUGUUAUACUAUACCCGUGUGCUGCAGAAGCUGACGUCUGA